CUUGUGAGAAGGGGCGAGAAAACCAGCGCGAGAGCAGCCGUUCCUCUCGCCACUUUCUCGCCUCUUCUCUGGGCCUUCUCCUGGCUGAGUCUGGCUCCGCUCGAGGCUGUGACCCAUGGACCCCAAUGAAACACCUGCUGCCCACCACUGCCCUGUUGACUCGGACCCAGGGGGUGAGACCAGAGCCUCACAGAGCAUGGAGCUUAUCCCCAGGAGAGCUGUCAGUCGCUCUCCAACCUGUGCCCGCUGCCGCAAUCAUGGUGUCACUGCUCACCUCAAGGGCCACAAGCGCCUCUGCCUCUUUCAAGCUUGCGAGUGUCACAAAUGUGUCCUCAUCCUGGAGCGCCGAAGAGUUAUGGCUGCCCAGGUGGCAUUGCGCAGGCAGCAGGAGGCACAGCUAAAGAGGCACCUGGCUCAGGGACUUGUGAGAGGGACAGCCCCUUUCAAAGUCCCCAGCCGUGUCAAGAAGGGAGCCAUUGGACUGGGAAUACCCUCUGGAAAAGAGAACAUAGCACCACAGCCUCAGAGUCCCCAUGGGGCAAUUCCUCUGGCACUGACACCCCCUGGGAAGGAGAACUGUGGGCCUCUGCUGCUUAGCCGUCCCCCAGAAGCCUUGCCUUUGCCUUGGACUCCAGUGCCUCCUGGCCCUUGGGGCCCUGGACAUUGGCUGCCUCCAGGCCUCUCCAUGCCACCCCCCGUGGUGUGCCGCUUCCUAUGCCAAGAACCUGCUAUCCCUCUACAUCCUUUCCCUGGUUUUGACCCUGGCACCUCCCUCCGCUUGCCCACUCAUGGGUCCCUCCCAACUUGCCCAGGAUCUCGCUCGGUACUGACGACUCCUCUUUCUGGAGAGCCCCAAGGGCCCCCAAACCUGCCCCACACAUGCUCGACCCUGAUAUUCCAGUCCUGUGGCACCCCAGACUCUCUUCUGCUACAGCCACAGGCCCCUGGAGCGUCUCGCCUAGCCUGGACAUCGACCUCCUCAGAGCGGCAGUUGCAGCGGGAGGCAGCCGAGGCCCUUGUGGGUCUGAAAGAUUCAUCCCAGGCUUCCCGCCUGGCCCCUUCUGUACCCCCCAACCCUGCCUGGAUCUCCCUACUCCACCCCUGUGGCCCACCAGCUCCUGCUGGAGGAAGAGGAUUCCAGCCUGUUGGCCCCUCUCUCCGACCCAGCCCAACUCCCUCCGUCUCUCUGCAUAUUGGGCGUCUGGGGUCCAUCUCCCUCCUGAGCUAGAACCCAGAGGUGGAGGCUUCCUCACUGAGGCAGGGAGGCAAUAGCCUGUAAGCACUGCAUAUUUGGUAUUUUACUUUGGGAUUUUUGCAUGAAAUUUAACAUAGUACAAGCUUUUUUUUUUUUUUUAAGGUGCUUCAGUUAGCUUUUGGUUCCUUUUGUAGUGUGGGCAUUUCCUUGACCAAAGGUGAAUAUUCU